AACAUAAUUAAUUAUCAAAAGUGCUCAAACAGAGAAAAUAAUAACACGCUUCAUUUGACCACUUUUUGCAGACGAAGAGGACCUCUUUAUGGUUUGCGACCUGCUGGCCGGUGGUGAUUUGCGGUACCAUUUGAACCAUCAGGUGGAAUUUUCGGAAGCCAGCGUUGCCUUACUGGUGUGUGAGAUCGGUUCCGCCCUGGACUAUCUGCAGAAGCAUCGUGUCGUGCACAGGGAUAUCAAGCCGGACAACAUACUGCUGGACGAGGAAGGACACUCGCACCUCACCGACUUUAACAUCGCAACCCGGUUACAGCCGGACGGGUUGGCCUGCAGCAUGUCUGGCACCAAGCCGUACAUGGCUCCGGAAGUUUUCAUGUGUGCCUUAGAGGAAAUCGCCGGCUACAGUUACCCGGUGGACUGGUGGUCGCUGGGCGUGGUAGCGUACGAGAUGCGUUCCGGCCAGCGCCCGUUCGUGGUGCACUCGUCGACGCCGCUCGUCGAGGUGAAGAACGUCCUCAACACCCAGCCCCACUUUCCGCGGCACUGGAGCGACGCGUUCAUCGAUCUGCUCGGGAAGCUCCUCAGCGUCCACCCGGGCGCCCGCAUCAGCAGCCAGCGCGAGCUCCAGCAGACCAAGUUUCUGCGCUCGAUGAGCUUCGAGCACGUGCUGGCCAAAAAGACCAACCCGCCGUUCAAACCCUCCAAGGAUCACCUCAACUGCGACCCCAGCCUGGAGCUGGAAGAGAUGAUCAUCGAGACGAAGCCGCUGCACAAGAAGAAGAAACGGCUCGCGAAGCAGCGCUCGAUCCACCGGGACAACUCCAACCAGGAUCAGCUCAGCCAGCUGGACGCCCAGCUGCUCAAGCAGUUCCUCGUGUACAACCGCUUUAAGGAGCAGAAGCGAAAAGCCAUGGAGAAGAAGGAAUCGGACUGGCAGCAGGAGCUGGACGAGGCGAUGGCCAGCUCGGAGGUGGUGCCGCGGUCCGACUCCAACGGGGCAAGGUUGGCCACGAUCAGCGAGGGAGCGCCACCGGUGGAACAGCAGGUGCCGCAGGACACGAAUGGGGCGGCCAAGACACCGGAUGAGAACAGUAGUAAUGGGGAAGCGAACGGGAGGGCCAAGUCGCCAUCGCAGCAGGCCCAGCAGGACAGCUUGGACUACAUUGAUCGGACGCCUUCGCCCAAACCGAGCAUCUAGUAGUCGUGGUGUUAGUGUAGUGUGACGUCAGAAGUAGAAGUAGUUGUUGCUCGCGCGUGUGAGGAAGCGAAUUGUGAUAAAUUUGAGAAGAAUUUACUUUGAUGGAGUGGAGAACUGUCAAACGAUUUUUCUGGAAUGUACAUCGUUUGGCAGCUGUCCUGCGUCAUUUGGUAUUUUUUGGAUUGAGAUGUCUUUUCUCUAGUUAUAGUGUUUCUUAUGGUAUGACAUUUGAAAUAUGUUUUGAUUACAUAAGAUAAGACAAGUUCAGCACAAACUGGAAUUCAGCUUUUGUAUUCCGUCUCGACUUCCAGGAAAAAUUGAAUAAAAAUAUUGCAUAAAAAUAUUUAAUAAAUUGAAAUAUUUAUUUGACAAAAUAAGCCAAAAUUUAAAAUUAAACGAU